UGCUAGGCUUAUUCUGUUAAUGUAAAAAUAUUUUUGUUGUUUAUUAUUGUAGGUACUAUUUCUAAUUUAUUUUUUUCUAAACGUAUUUGCAAUGCAUUUAAAAGUGAAUUUCGAGAAAGUGAUUGGCUGGCCAAAUAUUUACGACAGUGAUAGUAAAAUUUAAAUUAUAAUUAUUGAGACAACAAAUGGAAGAUGGACUAUGACAGUUUGCUGUACAAAAGAGAGGUGGACCCUCACAACCGUUGCUGUGGCGGUUGGCUAUGGUGCAUCAGAGACAUAUGCGGAGUUGUCUGUGCCAUCCUGACCUGGCUGCUGAUCCUUUAUGCAGAGUUUGUGGUGAUGAGCGUAAUGCUGAUACCCAGUCCAUACCCGAUCUACAGUUAUAUCAACAUGCUUAUCUUCCAAACACUGGCCGUUCUUGCGUUUGCUUCUCACUUACGCACCAUGUUCACUGAUCCGGGGUCAGUGCCCAAAGGCAACGCCACUAAAGAGAUGAUUCAACAGAUGGGUUGCAGAGAAGGUCACGUUUUCUUCAAGUGUCCCAAGUGUUGCAGCAUCAAACCUGAGAGAGCCCACCAUUGCUCUGUAUGCCAAAGAUGUAUUCGUAAGAUGGAUCACCACUGUCCUUGGGUUAACAACUGUGUUGGUGAAGAUAAUCAGAAGUAUUUUGUUCUUUUUACUUUCUACAUAGCAUCGAUAUCCAUCCAUUCCCUGUUUCUGGUCGCCAACCAGUUCUACACGUGCGUGAGACUAGAGUGGAAGGAUUGUUCUUCUUACUCUCCCCCGACGACGGUGGUGCUGCUAGUGUUUCUGGUGUUUGAAGCGCUUCUGUUCGCCAUCUUCACUCUGGCAAUGCUCGUUACCCAGUUGCAUGCUAUCUGGAAUGAUGAGACGGGUAUAGAGCAACUCAAGAAGGAGGAGGCACGUUGGGUCCGCAAGUCUCGUUGGAAGAGUAUUCAAGCUGUGUUCGGAAGGUUUUCUCUUGCUUGGUUCUCUCCUUUCACACGACCUCCGCCCAAAGUCAAGCUGGAGAGCUACUUGUAUUCUGUCUAAGUGUUAUCGGCUGUUUUGUAUUUUCGUUGUACAUUAUUUUAUUAGCGAUUUUCUAAAAUAUAUCUCUCAGUUUUUACAGAAGAAUCUUGAUUAACUGAGGUAAUCUAAAGUGAAGUUAUCUCGGAUAACCAAAACCUCUGUUUGAAACGGAUACUUACGAAGACAUUAGGGAGUAUUGAUUUAAACACAAAAAAAUAAUUUAACUGCUGUUAAAUUAACGGUUAAGGAUGUAAUAUGCACAAUGGGAACUUUUUAAGCGGUUUCCGUUAGGAUAGCAGGCUGGUCUGAAUAAGAAAGAGUCUUGCACAAAUAAAAAAAAUCCAAUAUACAUAACAUGUACAUUUCACUGUCAAUGACAGCAUUUUCAAUUUAAGAAAGGUAGGCUAUAGUGAAAUUUGCGACAGGGCUGGAGUGAAAUUUGUCUUUAGGCCUGAUAGGUAAUAACUGUACUAUUAUCACGUUAAGUGCACAGGGCGGGAGUUCUCACCUGCGGGACUGUCACGGGGCAGGAAAUGUCGUCAUCCUACCAUGCCAACAACCAUGCUUCAGUGUG